AUGGAGAAGAAUACCAGCCAUGCAUCAGUAACUACAAACAAAUCAGUUAUGCAAGUUUUGUCCCCUGAGAACUGUGACAUCGUCAUUUUAGAUAAUGGAAGGACCAUCAACAAUUUCAUAGACAAAAAAAUACAAGAGCUUGAUUCAGACAAUGAAGACCCCUUCUAUGUGGCAAAUCUAGACAUUGUGUAUGAGAAACACCUCAGGUGGCUUACUAACUUACCUCGAGUCAAGCCUUUCUAUGCAGUGAAGUGCAACAACACACCAGCAGUUAUCCAGAUGCUGAGUGCUCUGGACACAGGUUUUGACUGUGCCAGCAAGGGUGAGAUUCAGAUGGCCCUGUCCCUCGGAGUGACACCUGACAAAAUCAUUUACGCACAUACAACAAAACCACGGUCCCAUAUCAAAUAUGCCUGUGCUCACGGAGUAGAUCUGAUGACUUUUGAUAGUGAGGAUGAACUCCUAAAAAUUUCUCAGUGUCAUGGCAAAGCCAAACUAGUGCUACGCAUCGGAGUGGAUGACUCCAAAUCACUGCUAAGACUCAGUUCAAAGUUUGGAGCCAGACUGGAUACUGUUGAAAAGCUGCUGGAACGAGCUGGAGAGCUGGGCUUAGAGGUCACUGGAGUCAGCUUCCAUGUAGGCAGUGGGUGCACUGACAGUUUGACAUUCAAGCAGGCCAUUACAGAUGCCAGACAUGUCUUUGACCUAGCAAAUUUGUUCGGCUUCCAGAUGAAACUCCUGGAUAUUGGUGGAGGGUUCUCUGGGAGAGAGGACUUUGAAGUGAAAUUUGAAGAGUUUUCCGAAGUCAUAAAUGGGGCACUGGAUAAAUUCUUCCCACCUGACAGUGGUGUGCAGAUUAUUGCAGAACCAGGCCGAUACUACGUGGAAUCAGCCUUCACACUGGCAGUAAACGUCAUUGCCAAAAGAGUCGACAUAGAUCAUAUGGCUGAACACAACAACAGUGAGGAAAACAGCUCUGACAGAAUGAUGUACUACAUUAAUGAUGGAGUGUAUGGCUCCAUGAGUUGCCUCAUCAAUGAUCCUGCCCACAUCGAUGUUGCACCAUACAUUCACAAGGCUGUUGAGGGCAGCGAGCAGAGAUACCGGUCUGUCAUCUGGGGUCCAACCUGCGAUAGCACUGACAAAAUAACUGACAACUACUGGAUUCCUGAGUUGGACGUGGGGGACUGGCUUCUCAUCGACAACAUGGGUGCUUACUCUGUUAGUCUAGCCACUACCUUCAACGGCUUUGAAAAAGCACACAUUUAUGCUGUUGUGACAGCAGAGACAUGGCACACCUUAAACCUGUCUCAAACCUACAGCAUUAUCCAUUUAUGA